AUGGAGGAGACACCAGCGACCACACCAGCGGCGCACCUACAACCCUCACCGCGUGCAGGAGGAGAAGGAGAAUGCUACUUUGAUUGGCUGGCGGACGAGCUGGUACUUCACAUCUUGAGCUUCCUGCCCCACCACCCUUGCCCCUCGCACACGGCCCUCCUCCUGCCGGCCGUGUGUCGUCGCUGGGCGUGGGUGGUCCGCGACCGCAGCCUCGGCCCCGCCAAUCUCGCCCUCGCCGACCUGCUCGACGGUGCCGAGGCCCUGCGCGAGCUGCCCGGCCUGGCCGGCUACGAUACCGUACCGAGCGUCAAGAAGGGCUACGCCAUCGACAAGGCCACCUCCGUGGGCCUGCCGCUACGUUGGUCGGUCAACGCCCUUGUGUGCGGCCCGCGCGGUACGGGCAAGUCCACGCUGGCCGGGCUGCUGCUCUACUUCUACGGCGCCGCGACGCAGCUGGAGCUCGAUCGCACGAAGCAAGAGCUCGAGGUCCUCUACGAGGGCCUGCAGCAGCCGAAGCUGCCCAAGGGCAAUCCCUACGCCGGGCGCGACAGCACCUGCGGCAAGCAGAACCUCUACUCGGCGCUGUGCGAUCGCACGCGGGAGGAACGUGUCAGCGGGCGAUCAGUCCACGGCCACACCAGACAAGUGGCCGUCUGGCCAAGAUGCACGCUGACGCUGAUGGACACCCCCGGGUCGUAUGAGCUGCCCAAGCCCUUCAUGUCCGCAGCAUUUGGGGCUCAGUGCGGCGUCGUGGUGGUGGAUGCCACCACAAUAUUGAACGACCAGCACAAGCUCCCUGAGGGAGCUGAGCUGCUCCCUGUAUACAAAUUCUUUGACGUGAGCCCGCUAAAGCGCGUCACGGAUCAACUGGCGGUGUUGAGGACCAACAACGUUAAGCGAUUGAUCUUUCUGAUCAACAAGAUGGACAGGGUCAAAUAUUCGCAGGAUGUCUUUGAGAAGGUGUGCGCCGAGCUGCUCGUGUUGGUGGGCACCACGGCCAAGAACUAUUGGCCUCAGAACAACCUCGUCUUCAUCCCCAGCUCCUACAGGGACCUCACGACCCUCUUCGGCCCCAAGGCAAAGGGCUCAGCCUCACCGAUCCUCGACGAAGACCUGGACUUCGUCCUCCCGCCCUCGUCACCCUACUACACCCUCAAGCAGAAGAAGGAUCCCAAAGGCAACCACCCAACGCACUCCACGACAUUUUGGCCAAAAGAUGACUAA